GGAGCUGGAGCAGCUAUUCUGCCCUUGUAUGAUGGCGGACGUGUGUACCCACCUCUCCACCGCAACAUACACACACUGCAAGCGGCGGAACAGCGCCCUGUACCGGCUGGACAGUCCGUCUGCUCGAGGUAGCACACCCGGAAGAACAUUCAUGGAUACGGAGAUAGAUUUUCCUACUAGGGAAUAAGGAUAACCAAGUCGGAAUCAUCUUUGUUAUCAAUUUAAUUCUAAAAACAAACAAACAACAACAAAAAACACUCGUGCCGCCCGCCCAGGUUUAUUUCUGAAGACCACUCGCGAGCCUAACCGCAUGAGCCGCAUCCUUUUGGGAGGUGCGCUGGCCAACUAUAAUAGGAGGAAUGAGCACUCAGGAGGGACCCAGUGAUGAGCAGGAUCAAGGGGAAUCUGGAAGUGUCCAGGAGACCCCCAAUUCUGAGCAGGGGGAGACAGGCACCCAGGGGUCCCCCACAUCGGCGGGGAAGGCGGAGCCAGGGUCGGCCACACCCAGCAAUGGACAAGCGGGAGACAGCAGCCUCCCCGCAGAGAUUUGCGUGGUCAUCGGGGGGUCCCGCAACACGCAGACUCUGGGCUCCUACGUCUGUGGAAUAUGUGGAAAGAAAUACAAGUACUACAACUGCUACCAGACCCACGUUCGAGCACACAGCGAGUCAGAGGGUGGUGCCAGAGAGGGCGUGGCCCAGGCCCUCAACAGCAGUUUCCGAUAUGCCUGUGAUAUCUGUGGAAAGAAGUACAAGUACUACAGCUGCUUUCAGGAGCAUCGGGAUCUGCACGCUGUUGAUGACCCCUAUGACCAGGUUGUCAUACCAGUGGAUGACCAGAAAGAUGAAGAGCAGGUGGAGCCCUUCCAGAAAAUCGGACCAAAAACUGGGAGCUAUGUGUGCGAGUACUGUGGGAAGCAGUACAAAUACUUCAACCCCUACCAGGAGCAUGUGGCCCUUCACACCCCCAUAAAUCGUUCGCUCCGUGACAUGCAGUCUCCUCGUUCACAACAACGUAGCGCGGACGUCAGUAAACAUGUUACCCCCAAAUCAGGGCACCCAAAAUCAGGACACAACCAAACAGAGGGUGCUUUCUGUCGGAAGAUGGAGGGGAAAAUUCAGACUUCUGUGGGGGAGACUAACAGCUCACAGCACACUAGCGGGACUAAAAAACCCAUGGUGCCUGGUUCAUUUCCUGUGGUGCAGAAGCCCUACACCUGCGGAGCGUGCGGGAUCCAGUUUCAGUUCUACAACAACCUGCUGGAGCACAUGCAGUCGCACGCGGCUGACAACGAAAACCACAUCAACGUGGAUCCCACCAAAAUAUCGGCUACCCCUACCUCAACUCCCACCCCUACGGCUACUCCAGCUCCAGCCCCUGCCCCUGCCCCCGCUCCCGCUCCCGCUCCCGCUCCCGCUGCCACCCAGGCCCCCGCUAUCACCCCCACCAUCACCCCCACCCCUGCUCCCACCCCCCCUGCCCAGAGGAAUCACGCUACUAACCUCAGCAGUAUCCUCCCAGAGAAGGAUCGGCAGCAAGUGGCGGAUCGGUUGCUAAGGGUGAUGUGCGCGGACCUGGGGGCGCUGAACGUCCUGAACGGGAAGGAAUUCCUGAAGCUGGCGCAGACCCUGGUGGACACGGGGGCGCGGCACGGGGCCUACUCCCUGCGAGACGCCCUGGGGGACGUGGGCCAGCUGGCCCUCCGGCAGCUGCCGCGCAUGUACAACCAGGUGAAGGUGAAGGUGACCUGCGCCCUGGGCUCCAGCUCCUCGCUGGGCAUCGCCGUCACCUGCCACGCCCACUCGCUGGGCCCGGACACCUGCCACGUGCUGACGGCCUACCAGGCGGAGGGCCCCCGCGUCAGGCGCUACGUCCUGGGGGUGAAGGAGGCCGACCCGAGGGAGGCGGGCGAGCACGUGCACCAGUGGGUCCAGAACGUCCUGUCCGAGUUCGUCAUGUCCGAGAUCCGCACCGUCUACGUGACGGAGCCCCGGGCGUCGGGCGGGCCCUUCUGCGGGCGGGCGGGGGCCUGCCUGCGCUGCGCCGGCUGCUCGCUGGGCGCCGUGGUGCAGGCCGUGCUGGGGAGGCGGAGCCUGCAGGCGCGGGGGCUGCAGGAGCUGGGCGAGCUGAUGGCCGCCUGCCGGGACCUGGCGGCGGUGGCCGGGCUGACGCGGGACGGGGCGGAGGAGCCCGUCGCGCCCCCGCCCUGCUGGGACGAGGGCGCCGAGACGCUGCUGCUGGUGCACGAGCGGAUGGAGCAGGUGUGCGAGGCGCUGGGGCGGGGCAAGCGGGCGGCGCCCCUGCUGCAGGGGCUCAACAAGCCCCUGCUGGGCACCCUGGCCUCCCUGCUGGCCCCGCUGCGGCAGGCCGUCCUGGAGCUGAGCAGCGAGCGCCGGCCCACCCUCCCGCUGGUGCUGCCCGCCUACCUGCGGCUGGAGAAGCUCUACACCUCCAAGGCCGGGGAGGCGGGGGCCGGGGGCCGGCUCUGCCACUACUUCCUGGAGGCGCUGAAGGAGAACCUGAGGGUGGAGCGCCCCCACCAGGUGGCCAUGGUCCUGGACCCCCAGCUGAAGCUGCGGCCCGCGCCCGCCCACCAGCACGACGAGCUCGUCGCCAAGGUGUGCGAGGCGGCGGGCGAGAUGAGGGAGGCGGGCGGGGGCGGGAGCGGGGGCGGAGGCGGGGGCGGGGCGGCCGGCAGGGCCGGGGAAGACGGGGCCGGGGCCGGCGAGGGACCCGCGGUGAGGAAGAGGGCGCGGCUGGAGGGCGGGGCCGCCGCGUGGGCGCCCGGGGCGGACGAGCCCAAGGUGAGGAAGGAGCUCUUCCAGUACCUGGCCGAGCCCACCUUCCACACGGCGCCCGACCUCCUCCAGUACUGGAGCUCGGUGACGGAGAAGUUCCCCAAGCUGGCCCGCCUGGCGCUGUGGCUGCUGGCGGUGCCCGCCGUGGGCACGCGGAGCGAGUGCGUGGCCGUCUGCCAGCAGACCCUCGCCAUGAAGCACAGGCGGCAGGUCAGGCCGGAGGAGGCCAACAAGCUCAUCUUCCUCAAAUCGAACAUGGCCUGAACGCACCACGCAGACAGACCUCCCGAACAAGACCUGCUGAACCUAAACGCUGCCCCUCCUCACACGGCGGGAAAUGAGGGUGUAGACACACAGAGGCCGUCCUCUCCUCAAGAACUUCUUUUUUGUUCGUUUUCUUGCUUAGAGAACCGUCUUGUAUCGUAGGCCGAGCUGUCUAAAGCGGAGGUUGCCAUCUCUUUGCCAUCUCUUCAGCUUUUCGGCUCCAGUCGUCUUCAGGCCGGAGGGAGAGCUCGAAGUUACGCGUGCGCUCCGGACGCGAACACGCGCCUUGACGUUUUUAACCUCGGCCUUCUCUUUCCCUCUGUGUCCGUUGCUAUUGGAAAUUCGAUCUGUGGAUCGAGUGGAGGUGGUUCCCCCGCUGUGACCUACAUUCAGCUCGUCAGUCGGAGUUCCUCUACAGUCUGACUGUAUUAUUUUUCCACACUGAAAGACUUAAAGUCCCCUAGACUGCAUUCUAUUCAGGCUGGUGGUGAGUUCUGGGGCGAGCAAGUUGACUGGUCGCUGGUGGUUCAACCUGUGGUUCGGGAGCUGGAUCGCGACCAUGUUAGUUUUACUCAGUGAAGCAUUAUUUACUUCUCACAGUUUGCUUUUGUUAUUGUAACCACAACUCUUUUCUACAACCGCACAAAUGAGUUGUUGCACGCAUUCAUUUAUUUAUAUUUAUAUUUCUUAUUUUGGGGAAGAAGUAACCUUUUCCUGACAGUCUUCCUUGACAACCUCUCUCAUUUUCCUACUUUAAAACUUAACUGUAAUACACAACUGACCAUCAUUAGGGUGCAGACUUUACUUACACUCAGUAAUAUGCCAAAGAAAAACAUGGCUGCUCAAAUUCAAUAUUAGGAAAUGCAGGAUUCUGUUUGAGACGGGACUCCAGUCUCUGGCUCAUUUUGCGCAACUCCUCAGUCUGUGGUGUUGGCUACACCACCAGCAUUGCGGUUCCUCUGUUUCCCAAACUCUCAGUCUCUACAGUAUGUCCCAUUGCUCUCUGAGGAACAGCCAGUGGCUGAACAGCUUACUUGGGGGUGGGGGCGGAUUUUAAUAGCUUGCAUAACGAUCAAGAUAUGAGACUUCUAAUAUGUCCGUGUGACACACUUUGUGUUAAUACCAAUUCAUACUGGCUUCAAACUUUGGACGUGCAUGCUGGGAUAGGUGCCGGGGGACAGCGGGAAAAGCCAGCGGGACGCAUUUCGAGGUGUUCAGGGUUUGACCAGGUGACAUCGCGUUCGGCGGAAAGACUUUAACACGUCCGCGAAUUACGUUUUUGGCGACUUUCUCGGGCAGAAACGUGUAGGCGGUAGGACGUGUCUGAAUACGCUGAACUAUCUGCUGAGAGGACGAGAUAACGUGUUGUUAUGUAACCAAUUUCAUAUUAGAUAUGAAUUAGCUGCUGAUAAUUGUUGUGUACAAACAUUUCUAGAAAAGUCUGUUGUUUUGAUGAUUAUGGUUACUAGCAUUAAUAUUGUCCCUAUUCGUAAAAAAUAAACGAUAGUAAUAAUAUUGUCAUUGUAUGGUAACUACAGGUUAAUGGCAUUCAUAUGGGGCAAUAUUAACAGGUUACUAGAAAUAAUAAAGGGAUUUUUAUGACCAAAUAUAAUUUCAUCAUGGACUGUUAAGUACUAUUGUUGGACUGAAUUGUUUGCGUAUACACUCCGUUCAUUGCCUAGUGUUUGUGUCAUGGUUAUUUACUCAGAUCUAGACCAUUACCUUUUAUUGUGUAAAGCUCAGGAGAUCACUCAUUUUAAAGCCACGUAAAGAGUAGUAUGUGUCUUCCUCAACUUGUCUUUGGAAAUUUGACACUGAAGGGAUUUUGAAGGUGACGUCACAUUAUUGUACAAGUAACACGCUGUCAGCUUUCUGGGGUGCUUUUUUAAAUCAAAAACUAGAAAAUAGACGAGCUCUCAAAUUGUUAGUGCUUGUAUUGCCUGUUAAACACACUCUAAAAUGAGUUAUGCAUGCAGUUUGUUACAAGACAUUGAUGAUAAAAGAUGAGAAUUUAAAGUAUGCUGAUCUAUACAUACAUGAACAGUAGCUACAUAUUUUAAACCUGGGACGUUGUCUUGAAGAACUGUAUUUAAAUGUAGGGUUGUGGGGUGGGGUGGGUGGGGUGUAGUGUACAUAAGAAAAAUCAACUGCUGUUGUUAUCCACUUUAAAGAGCUACUGAUUCCCUAGUCUGAUAACACCGUACCUCUUUUUUAAAGCAACAAACAUUUACAGCCUUUUUAUAAGCAGACAUGGCAAGUUUGUGCAAUGCGCUCCCCUUAAAGGUGUCAUAUUGGGCCGGUUUGAUUACUGUACGCUGCUUUUUAAGAGCCAGAGGAAGAAUAUUUUCUAAAGAGGUAAGCGAGUUUGUCUGAAGGUUUUUUGGACAUAUUAAGAGAUUGUUUCUUUCCUGGCCCUUUGGAGUGGAAUGCAUUGUGCCAUUAUGGAAAAACUUAGAUCAUAUUUAGAUUUUAGCAUAUUUUAAAGUUUUUAUCUCAAGAUUUAAUUUCUAAAAAGAUAUGGCUUAGUUAGAAAAAUGCAAGUGAAAUAUAUUAAUAUUUGUUUUGUCUGUUUUCUGGGACAAAGGAAAGCUCAUUUGCAGAAAUGUUUUGAAUCAAAAUAUGAAUAUUCUGUUGCCAUAUCAGUAUAGUCUACCAAUAUAUAUAUAUAUAUAUUCCCGUCACAAAUGCAUAUAUCUCAGUGUUGCUUUAUUGUCAAUGCUAAAUUAUUCAUCAUAAAUUCUCCAUGAUUUCAUGUUGGACUGCAGAAUUCUACUUACUGUAAGCUAUACCUGAAUAGUGGUUUGAUGCCUUCAUCUUGUUAUCUAUUCAAUUAUAGGGCCUUUUCCCCACUGGUCAUGGCUGAUGUUUUUAUUGUUCCUCAUUAGUUCUUGUAUCUAAUGUCUUAAUAGGCAAUAGUCUUAAUUUAUACUUUAUAGCUACACUAUUUUUCUAUUGCAGAUGAUGAUAGCUUUGGUUUUCUUUUUUCCUGUCAAAAUCACAGCGCUGUGCAAAGUUCUUGAAAUAUAUUACCCACUGUAGUAUGUGCUCUGUUAAUAAAAACUAGCUCAAAUGAA